AUGGUCGCUGAACGGUCUAGGACAAAGGAGGGCCGUGCAAAGCGGUCGUACUAUGGUAUAGAUAUCCACCAGCUCGUCACUGCAGCCACAACAGAGAUCGAGGCCGCGGGGAGGGCGGACAAGAACGCACCGGCUCAAAAGAGCUCUGUCGUGCCAUCCGUAGAAAAGACGCCUGUAACUACCAAGAAGCCCAGGAAAACAAUGUUGUGGACGGAGAAAUAUCGAGCUCGGAAUUUCGUGGACCUCGUCGGCGAUGACCUCACCAACCGGCAGGUUCUUCGGUGGCUGAAACGCUGGGACCCCAUCGUCUUCCCGCACUCGUCUAAGCAAAGACCGACAAGUACUAGAAGACAACACCAAAAUCAACAGCAGCAGCAGCAAGAGGAGGAGAAGCCACAUAGAAAAGUUCUCUUGCUGACCGGGCCUCCAGGUCUGGGAAAGACGACACUCGCACAUGUAUGCGCGCGACAGGCAGGAUACGAGGUCAUGGAGAUCAACGCCAGCGAUGAUCGAAGUCGGGAUGUCGUCAAAGGCCGGAUCAGGACCAGUCUGGGCACAGAAAGCGUCAAGACUGUCGAGCAUGCUAAGCCCAAUCCUGGAGAGAAGGCAAAAGUGGCUCGGCCGGUCUGCGUGGUAGUGGAUGAGGUGGAUGGUGUUACGACUGGAUCUGGGGCUUCGGGCGAUGGUGGAUUCGUCAAGGCUUUGAUUGAUCUCCUUCUGGCGGACCAGAAGAAUGCCGCAGCUGCAGCGACGUCGACAACAGGUACGCGCAGGAGGAAGAAGGGAGACGAUUUUCGACAAAUGAGGCCUCUCGUUCUGAUUUGCAACGAUGUGUAUCAUCCGUCUUUGAGACCUUUGAGACAGUCGGGGCUUGCCGAGAUCAUACGUAUUGGCAAGCCGUCGGUGGAGAUCGUAGUCAACAGGCUGAGAUCAGUUUUCGAGAAGGAGGGCAUUCCGUGUGAGAAGGAUGCCGCACGCAAGCUCUGCGAGGCUGCAUGGGGCAUGUCGAAUGGCCUCGAUGCCAAGCGUGGAGCAGAGAGCGCUGCGGAGGGAGACCUGCGUGGGGUCAUGGUCGUCGGCGAGUGGGUUGCAGGCCGGCUCAAGGCGACACACACCCAGGGUGCACUCCAACUCACCCGGCAGUGGGUGGACAAACACAUUAUCCAGGACCUGCAACACGGUGGGGGAGGUGCACGAGGGCUCGGCAGAGGUGGCACCAAGGACAUUGUCACCCGCGUCUUCCAAGAGGGGGCCGGCUUCCCCAGACAGGCCGACGUCAGCCUGGACAAGAAAACGCGACAUGAGAAACCGCAAGCCCAGCUGGGCUUCACAGAGCACCUCAAGAAACAUGCCAUGGAACGUCUACGCGAGAUGGUCGAUACAAGCGGUGAGGUCGACCGUAUCAUCACGGAAAUCUUCUCUGAAUAUCCAAACCGCGAUUUCAACGACGACUCGUACCUCUCCAAACCCAACGAGGCCUACGAGUGGCUUCAUUUUCACGACACCUGCUCUUCACGCCUGUUUGCAAGCCAAGAAUGGGAACUCGGACCCUACCUCAGCCAGCCUGUGCUAGCCUGUCACCAUCUGUUCUCCAGCCCACACCGGCCACAUACCAACACCAGCUACGAGAAGCAGUGGCGAGCCGCAGAAGGCGAUGAAGAGCCCUCGGUGCCACUGCCCUUCACAGGACCGCGGGCUGACUACUCCGCUUAUGAGGCGGAGAAGCAAAACCGGGCCCUGCUGCAAGCUUUACAAGGACAGCUGCCACCGGCGCUGAUGCGCGCCUUCAGGAGUCCAGAGGAUAUUGCCACCGACUUUCUGCCAUUCCUCGUCCGGCUGAUCUCUCCAGAUGUGAGGCCUGUGGUUGUGGGUGGCAGUACUGAUAAGGGAGCUGUCGCAAGUGUUCGAAAAGAUACGGAAAGGGAGAUGGUCCGCCGUGCUGCGGAGGUUUUGGCUGAAGUCGGCAUAUCGUUGUUGAAAGGAAAGAUCGAGGAUGCAAGCUCGUUGUCCACGACAGGCCGAUCACAGUGGGUUUACAGGAUGGAUCCUGACCUCGACAUGCUCUCCACUUUUGAGACUGCCGGAGCCAAUGUAUUGGCUACUCAAAUUCCUGUCCGCUACGCCGUACGCCAAGUUCUCGACCAGGAACUUCAGAAGACGAUAGCUGCUCACGAAGCAGCUGCUCGGCAAGCACGGUUCAAAGCCGGCGGAACGACUGACGACGUCGCCAUUGAUAUUCAUAUACUGUCCGAUGACAAGGAGAACGCCGGCCUGAAAAAAUUUCCCAUUUUGCCCAUCAUCAAGAAGGACUUUUUUGGGCGCGUCAUUGUCGAGACGGCUCUACCGCUGUCCGAGACCGAUGGGAACAACGGCAAGAGACAGGGUGAGGGGAAAGCAGAGCACAAGGUGUGGGUUACAUACCAUGAAGGGUUGAAUAAUGCUGUGAGGAAGCCUCUCACCUUGGAGGAGUUUCUGAAAGGGAUAUAG